CUGUUAACUUGCAAAAAUUAAUAUGUAAUCAGAAAAAAGAACCCAUGCAUGUGUGUGGUGCACCAAAUACGGAACACCUGUGGUGUCCUGUGCUCCCACUUAUUUUACUUUUCAUUUGCCACCACUUGUUGUACAGGCAUGGUGCAUGUUCUGCCUGCAAUUGCAUUUAAAAUGUUAUAAGAUCUCCAUUCAUAAGACAUAAAACUUUAUUUCUGAGUGGGUGAUGUAGAAGACUAGUUAUACAUUAGAAAGUCUGUUGCCAGAGAAGUUGAAAGGGUAUGAGGAGAGGAGAGAUAAAAUUGAGUAUAGAUUAACUGAAGAGAAAGAUACUCUUGUUUCAUGGUAGCCUGUACUGAGGCUGUAAUAACCUGUGCUACCUUGACUCACAUACAAAAAAAUUACUUAAAAUUUGUGAUAGAUUUCCACGUGUAGCUUGCUGCUUGGCUGUCUGUGGAUGAGGCAGUAAAGGAGUAUCUCUUGACUUGCAGAAGAAUAGGGCUGCUUAUGGCAGCAGUUCUGGUCUAUGCUGAAUCAAAUAGUUUUGAAAGUACAGUAUGGAGCAGGAGGUGUGGGCCAUUGACAAAAAACUGUUUCUAUAAUGUUUUGUCUUAAGCAAAGUAGGAGUUGUUUAGAGCAUGGUGCAAAUAACACCAGGGUUGUGAAUUCAGUCUCUGCAUGGGCCAUUCACUUAGAAGUUGGACUUGAUGAUCAUUGUGGGUACCUUCCAAUUCAGAAUAUUCUGUGAAUCUGUGAACAUGGCAAAAUAGACAGAACAUGAAACAGAGAAGCCUCAUCUCCUUCCUUAGGGAAAGACAGAGCAGACACAGUGAUCAUCGGAGGUGGUUGUGUUGGUGUGAGUCUAGCCUAUCACUUGGCUAAAGCUGGCUUGAAGGAUGUUGUUCUGCUAGAAAAAUCUGAGCUCACUGCAGGAUCUACCUGGCAUGCAGCUGGUUUAACUACUUAUUUUCAUCCUGGAAUAAACCUGAAGAAAAUCCAUGCUUACAGCAUCAAACUCUAUGAAAAGCUGGAAGAAGAGACAGGACAGGCUGUGGGGUUUCAUCAGCCUGGCAGUAUCAGAAUUGCUUCAACCCCUACUAGGGUGGAUGAAUUCAAAUACCAAAUGACUCGUGCUGGUUGGCACCCAACAGAGCAAUAUUUAAUCACGCCUGAGAAAGUGCAAGAGCUAUUUCCCUUACUGAACAUGGAUAAGGUUUUAGCUGGCCUGUAUAACCCUGGAGAUGGUCAUAUUGAUCCUUAUUCUUUAACUAUGGCCUUGGCCGCAGGAGCCAGAAAAUACGGUGCUCAGUUAAAUUAUCCUGUGCAAGUGACUAAUCUGAACUCCCGAUCAGAUGGGACGUGGGAAGUUGAAACUCCACUUGGAAUAAUCCAAGCAAAGAGAGUUGUGAAUACUGCAGGCUUCUGGGCUCGUGACAUAGGCAAGAUGAUUGGCCUGCAGCACCCUCUAAUACCUGUUCAUCAUCAGUAUGUUGUAACAUCAACUAUCCCUGAAGUGAAAGCCCUAAAAACAGAAUUGCCUGUGAUUCGUGACUUAGAAGGAUCAUAUUAUCUAAGGCAAGAAAGGGAUGGUCUUUUAUUUGGUCCAUACGAAAGUGAGGAGAAAAUGAAGCUGCAGGAGUCAUGGGUAACAAAUGGAGUCCCACCAGGAUUUGGAAAAGAACUUUUUGAGUCUGAUUUAGACAGAAUAAUGGAGCAUAUUGAAGCUGCCAUGGAAAUGGUCCCAGUUUUGAGAAAAGCAGACAUCGUGAACACAAUUGCAGGUCCUAUCACCUAUUCUCCAGACAUUCUUCCCAUGGUGGGACCACAUCAGGGUGUCAGAAAUUACUGGGUAGCUAUUGGUUUCGGGUAUGGCAUUAUACAUGCUGGUGGCAUGGGAAAGUACCUCAGUGACUGGAUCCUUGAGGGGGAACCUCCAUUUGACCUGAUAGAAGUAGAUCCAAACCGCUAUGGAAAGUGGACCACUACAGAAUACACAGCAGCCAAAGCAAGAGAAUCUUAUGGCUUUAAUAACAUUGUUGGAUACCCUAAAGAAGAAAGAUUUGCUGGGAGACCAACGGAGAGAACCAGUGGGCUGUAUGACUUGCUGAAGUCAAAAUGUUCAAUGGGAUUCCAUGCAGGAUGGGAGCAACCUCAUUGGUUCUACAAACCUGGAGAUGAGACUGGAUACAAACCCAGUUUUCGGCGCACAAAUUGGUUUGACCCUGUGGGUCGUGAGUACAAACAGGUUAUGGAAAAAGUUGGUGUGAUUGACCUGUCACCAUUUGGCAAAUUUAAAGUAAAAGGCACAGAUUCUGUUAAACUGCUUGAUCAUCUAUUUGCAAAUGUUGUUCCAAAGGUGGGUUCCACAAAUAUAAGCCAUAUGUUAACACCAAGGGGAAAAGUUUAUGCUGAGCUAACUGUCUCUCAACUGUAUCCUGGAGAAUUUAUGCUUGUGACUGGGUCAGGAUCAGAACUCCAUGAUCUGAGAUGGAUAGAAGACAAAAUAACAAGAGGUGGAUACAAGGUUGAAAUAGAAAACAUGACAGAUGAGAUGGGAGUCCUUAGUGUAGCAGGUCCAUAUGCACGACAGGUCCUCCAGAAGUUGACAAAUGAAGACCUAAGUGAUGCUUCAUUUAAGUUUCUCCAGUGUAGACAUCUGAAACUUUCCAAUAUUGCUGUUACUGCCAUUAGGAUAUCUUACACAGGUGAAUUGGGCUGGGAGCUCUACCAUAGAAAAGAAGAUUCUGUACCUCUUUACAGUGCAAUCAUGGAAGCCGGCCAAAAAGAGGGAAUUGAUGACUUUGGAACAUAUGCUCUAAAUACGUUGAGGCUGGAAAAGGGCUUCCGAGCCUGGGGAGCAGAGAUGAACUGUGACACUAACCCAUUGGAAGCUGGGCUGGAGUACUUUGUAAAGCUAAACAAGGCAGCAGACUUUACAGGAAAAGAAGCACUGAGGCAGAUUAAAGAAAAGGGGCUCAAACGACGGCUGGUAUAUCUCACCCUGGAAACAGAUAAUGUUGAUCCAGAGGGAAAUGAAAGCGUGUGGCACAAUGGCAAGGUUAUUGGCAAUACCACAUCUGGAUGUUUCAGCUAUGGAGCUCAGAAGAGUCUAGCUUUCGCGUAUGUUCCCAUGGAACUCAGCAAAGUUGGACAGAAAUUGGAAGUUGAACUUUUAGGUAAAAAUUAUCCAGCAGCCGUUAUAGAGGAGCCACUGGUGCUGACUGAACCAACAAGGAUGCGCCUUAAGAGAAAGGGUGAAAGUCCCAAAAUAUAAACACAGAUGGGGAUACAGCAAAUUGUGCAGUAGGAGAAUUGCUAUUAAUAUGCAUAUAAUUAAGAGAAUUAAACUACUCACAUAUUCGAAUUACUAAACUCAAAAUCUUCAUUGCCAUACAUAAGUGAGAAAUUCAAUGGCAUUACUUCUAAUUCCCUGUGUGCAAUGUUCACAUUAGAGAACUGAGCAGAGCUGAUGAGCUGCCAUCUGUUCUGCUUCCCAGUAGUGCUUGAGCACAGUGGCAGGGAAUGAGCACAUCACUGAUUCAGCUUGCUCCCACAAUGGCUAACAGAUCUGCGUUAAUCCAUAUGAGAAGUGUGCUCUUGAUUCUGUCCAAUAGCAAAUUCCUCCCCCUCCCUCACACUCACAGUUCCUCCUUUACCUGCCCUUGAGGUAAAGUGGUUUAUCGUGUCUUCUUUACACACGAAUAGCAAGCUUACCAUAAAAUCAUGUCACCAGUUCUACACAGAAUACUUCAUAAAGAAUUGAAAGACAUAUCAUUAACCAUUAAAAUAAUAAAGGCAUUACUAAAGGUAAA